UGGAAACGCCCGCAGUGGGAGCCGGCGGACGGGACGGGUGGCGCCCCGGCGUUGCAGGCCUCCGAGUUGGGGCCCGGGGUUCGGACCACGGCCGCACAGCCCGCGGGGGCGGCUGCGCGCGCGCGCGCUGGGUCAGGCCGAGGACGCGGGGGGGCCGGCGGGCUGGAGCGCCUGCCCGGGGCGUGCCCACGUGACCACCCCGCCCUCGCCGCAGCCCCCCGAGCGGCCGCCGCCUUUUGGGCCGCACUCCCGGCGUGCCCCGCACUCGCCGCCUCCCGGCCGCCCCUCCUUCCCUUCGCAGCGCCACACCGCCGGAGCCCGAGCCGCCGCCGCAGCUUCAGCCGCGGGCGCUAUGGCUUCUGGAGUUACAGUGAAUGAUGAAGUCAUCAAAGUUUUUAAUGAUAUGAAAGUAAGGAAAUCUUCUACACAAGAGGAGAUCAAAAAAAGAAAGAAAGCAGUUCUCUUCUGUUUAAGCGAUGACAAAAGACAAAUAAUUGUAGAGGAAGCAAAGCAGAUCUUGGUGGGUGACAUUGGUGAUACUGUAGAGGACCCCUACACAUCUUUUGUGAAGUUGCUACCUCUGAAUGAUUGCCGAUAUGCUUUGUACGAUGCCACAUACGAAACAAAAGAGUCUAAGAAAGAAGACCUAGUAUUUAUAUUCUGGGCUCCUGAAAGUGCACCUUUAAAAAGCAAGAUGAUUUAUGCUAGCUCUAAAGAUGCCAUUAAAAAGAAAUUUACAGGUAUUAAACAUGAGUGGCAAGUAAAUGGCUUGGAUGAUAUAAAGGACCGUUCAACACUUGGAGAGAAAUUGGGAGGCAACGUAGUAGUUUCACUUGAAGGAAAACCCUUAUAAAAUGACAGUCAAGUGCCAUCUGGAUCUUAAGGAGCUUCCAUUUCUCCAGCUCAGUCAAUUGGAAUAGUAUUAGGUUUUGGUUUUUUUUUUUUUCUUCCUCUUCCCACUGGGUCCUUCCAACACAAUGAAUGAAGGAAAUAUCAUUCAUGUAAGCAGCCUAUCAGUGAUUGCCAUUAGACUGUUUGAUACUGUUACCUUUACGUAGAACCCAAGGAAUGCCUUCCCAUCAUAUUUUAGCCAAAACAACUGGUUAUAUGCCUCCCUUGCAGCAAGCACUACAAUGAAUGUGAAUGUCAAUGUGAAUAGCUUAGAACACUACAAAGGGUUAAGCUAAUUGAAUGCCUUGAAAGUAUUAUCCACUGGUGAGAUGGUAAACUUUAUUCAGUAUUAUUUAUAGUUGCACUUGGUUGCAGUUCUGUGAGGCUUGAGCAUUCAUACACCUCACCUGCCUUGGCAAGCCUAUUUUUUGUGACAUGGCAGCGCAAAUAUAAUACUAUGCAUUGAAAGCACUUUUUUUGUAAUGAGUUUAAUCCCCCACCCCAAAAGGAAUGCCAAUUAAGUUAACUGUGUCAUCAACUUAUCCUAGUACCUCAGUGUUCAUUCCUGUUACCUGCGUAUCUUCUUAAAAGAAAUAGCUGUUAUUAAUGCCUUUUUGUUUUCCAUUGAGUGUACACUACUGAAUAAGUGUAGGAGUUUUAUGUUUACCAUGUUAGUCUUGCGACACUAAAGAUACUUUGAAUAUCAGUCAUGAUGGCAAUUUCUGUAUAAAAGAGCCUUAAAUGGAACAUUGUUUUUGAGAUCAAACCGCACCCUCACAAAAAUGGCCACGUUGCAAUAAAAAUUGUGGCAUAUUACAGAACGUUGCCUUGUUUUCCUUGGACAUUUUGCAGAAUACCAUGUGAAGCAACUCCUCGGGUAAACAGCUAUUAUUAAUCUCUGCACUGGUCAUUUAAGAAUUUUUUUGUACAACAUUCUUGCGUGAUAUUUUCCAGUUUGUUGUGUUUAUUUGGUUAAAAAAAUAUUCUAUCCUAAAGCCAACUAAUACAAAAUAUUAACGUUAUAGAGGUGUACUUUUAUAAGCUUUAUUUAUUUCCUUAUGUGUUAAUAAUGAUCAGGAAUUAUUUUUUUGCACUUUGACAUAAAUACUCUUCAAUAUCUGAUUUGUUCUCUGGAUAAAUUAGGGUAGUUAUUUUUUAAUUCACGUUUACAUUUCUAAUUAGUUGACUAGUAGUAGAAGAAGCAGGAAGCUCUUAUUGCACAUUUGGUCAUAAUGAAAAUAAUUUGUAAAAUGUCCUUCAAAAGUUUAAUAAUACUUCUCAUGUUUAGGAACUUUCAGCUACUAUUUCUUAAUAUACUUCACAAAUUUGAAAAAAAAUUGAUACAGCAGUCUUAAACAUUAGUAGUGGGAUUUGGCUGUGGUCCAGGCAGCUCUCCUUAUAGAGAAUUUGAUCUGUUCAGUGUGAGCGGUUUGCUGUUAGCCAGAGCUAUUUAUGGCAAACACAUGCUUUUGUAUCUUGUCAUAGUUAUCCACAAAUGGCAAAACUGGACUUGAUUCUACUGGUAUGCAAAACAGGCAUGCUAGUAAGUAGUGGAUUGUAGCUUAGAACUUAAACCCAUAGCUCUGAAGAAUGCUCUUAUUAGGAAACAGGAAAUGAAAAAUCCCCCUUGUUUUAAUAUGUGGAAGUAAUUCGAGUUUGGUUAAAUUUUUUUCCAUAUUUUCAACAGGGUUUUCAGAUGGAAACAAAAAUAGGAGUUAAAUAUCCUGGUUAUAUGAAUGGCUUGGGAUCUUUUGCACUGAGCAAUUUUAUUUCAGGCUUCCAGCUGUCCCUGUGAAUUAUCCUGGACAUUUUGAUGGCUUUUUGGUAAGGCCAAACUCAUAAGCAAAGCUUGAGAAUACUGACAUAUAUAUACUAAACCAUAUAUGUAACUGAUACUUGUGCCAUGAAAAUUUUCAUUAUUUUCCUCAUUCUUCUAAAAAAUAAGAGACUCUAAAGUUGUGCAGUAUCUUUUGUUUUUAUAGUGAUUUCUCAACUUUCUUAUAUGCCUCUUUAAUUAUAUAAUAAUUUCAGAGGUUAAAUAUUGCUUUAAACUGUGGUACUUUGAUUUGUUAGAUUGACAGAACUGAUACUAAUAUUAAGUUCAUCUUUGAAAUACAUCUUUGUGCAUAAAGCCAAAAAUAAUGAUAAUUAAUGGUUCAUGUGUUGAGACUAAUUAGGUAUUUGAAAUGAUCAUUUUAUUUCACAAUCAUUUAAAUAAAACAAUGUUCCAGUUAGCUUUAAAAGGUAUACGGUGCUAAUUAGUAAAAUAUUGAGGACAAUAUUUUACUGCUAGCUUGCAAAAUUAUAAGUGUUUAAAAAAUAAAGUAUAUGAAAAUAUGUAAA